AUGGCCACGCUACACCACCCACUGUCUAGUCUAGGCCCAACACACCCGCCCAAGAUAGACAAGGCAAGACGCCACCAGGUUAAAGCCCACCACAUCAAGAUCCAAGUGCACGAUCCGCUUGACCACGAGGCGCCCGCGAUCCUACAUGAGCCCCGCAACUACAAUGCGUCGGCUGCAAAUAAUGCGGCUGUUGUGCUGAUCAGCGGAGCAGGAGGGGGCGUCAGCGGCCCAUCUGGAAUCUACCCUUCCCUCGCCGACAAACUGGCCCUCCUGCUCGGCAUCCCAGUCGUCCGACUCGACUACAGAGUCCCCGCGCGAACGCAGUACUGCGUCCCUGACGUAGUCGCGGCAAUGGACUACCUCGAGGAGAAGUUCGAAUCGAACAACUUCGUAGUCGUCGGCUGGUCCUUCGGCGGCAGUCCCUGCUUCACCGUCGCCGCACUCGAGCCCGAGCGCGUCGUGGGCGUCGCCACCGUCGCGUCGCAGACUGCUCAAACGUCGGGGAUCUCGAAACUCAGCCCGCGGCCUCUUCUACUCCUCCACGGCGGUGGCGAUACCUGUCUUUCGCCCUCAUGCUCCGAGUCGCUAUACCGACAAUACGGGACCAAAGGCCAUCGAGAAAUUAAGAUAUUCGAGGGGGAUAACCAUGGACUUUCGCUGAAUGCACCGGAAGCCGAGGGUCUACUAUUCGUUUUCGCGGCAAGGACGCUGGGCUUCGACAAACAGCUUACAAUGGCGUCCAUGGGAAUUGCUUCGCAGGAUUGGGUAGGCAGUGAGGGUGAGCGGGUUGCGGAGAUGGAGCAGGGGCAUGACCUGGAAGGGGGUGAGUCGCUGAAUUAUUGAAAGUCGCACACCGUAAGGUAAAAGUGGUAAAUAAUCCAUGUUAACGUUCUGGGUAUGCUCCGGAGACCCGGGGAAGACUGAGGUAUCGACAAC